CUGCCACAGCCCUUAACACACCCACCUCACAUCCCACCGCCACCAUGGCCCCUCACUCCGAUGAACACGAUUACCACCCCCAGGAUGCGCUCCAGGCCACCCUGAAGACCACUAUGCUCACCGGUGGAGCGGGUCUUUUCGCCUCCGCCGUUCAGAACACCCUGACCAGAAAGAACGUCGGACCGUGGGGUGUGUUCACGAGGACUGGCGGCACAAUCGGCAUCUUCGCCGCAAUGGGAGGUACCUACGCCUUUGUGAAGACCGCUUCCGCCAACCUUCGUCAAAAGGAAGACCACUACAACGUCGCGCUGGGAGGUUUCUUCUCCGGUGCUAUUCUGGGACUUAGACUCCGCACUUUCCCCGCAGUCCUGGGCUAUGGUGUUGGCCUGGCCGUCACCCUCGGCGCUUUCGAAUACACCGGUGGUUCGUUCUUCGGUCAGAGGCGGGAUCCCAAUGUCGACGAGUUUGAGCGCCGGGAGCGGAUCAGAACGGCAUACAGAACCUCCGGGGAGGAGACUCUUGCUCAGCUGGGUGAGGGACGAGGUAUCUACGGCCCUGGAUAUGCCGAGAGACGGCGGGAGAGAAUCAAGGAGGCGUACGGUAUCGAUGUUGCCACAUCCUCCGCUCCUGCAUCAUAGAAACGGUUUCAUUGAAUUUUCCUCUUGCGCAGUCUUCCCUUCCUCCCAUUCCCGAUAUAUUCUUUUGUGUAAAAUUAUUGCGUUACCCAGAUGCCGUUCAGCUAGCAGAUUUGGCACGUCCCCACGAAUGCACUUUUUUCCUACUCGUGUUCUGAUCUUCCCCGGGAGAGAGGGUAUUUCUGUGCAAGUAGUCGCCGAGUGUGGACUUCAUCUACGUAUUAGGCCUGAAUCGGAAGUUAAGGAAGGUCGUCACGGAUUAAGUAAAGUAAAUGAUACGGGCAUACAAGAGCUAGAAUCCGGCAUGCCGCGCGAUCUCUGAAGCGAAG